CUCUCCCAUUUUCCUCUCCCUUUUCUCCUUUCCCGGCAAAUCUCUCUCUCUCUCUCUCUCGUUUCUCUCUUCUGAACAGCAAAAAUGGGUAAGGAAGCGGCGUUGCUCUCAGCAUUUCACCUAAAGAAGAAACCCAUGAAGAAACACAGCAAUAAUAAAAAGAAGAAUCAACUCUUUAGCAAAGUUUUGGAUUAUCUCAAGUCUGACUCUUUUAUGUUUGCACCUCUGUUUUCUUCUCAACUCUCUCAUUUCCCUUCAGCAGAGUCGUCGUCUUUUGCUCCUACCGGAAUUGAGGAAAGUAAACCUAAGGAGGGAAUUGAUAAGAAAUUGGUUAGCGAAAUUGGGGAUUAUUUGAAGUCCGAUACCUACUUGUAUGCUCCCUUGGUUAUUUCACAACCUUGGGAUUCGGCUGAUAUCCCUGCUGAAACGGUUCAGGUAUCUAAAGGGCCAGUUACCAUACAAGAAGAGAUGGACAAAAAGAGAUCUGCUGAUGUGAUAAAAGGAAGGACUGAAAGAGUAAAUGAACCUGGUAGGAAGACGGUAAAUGUAGUUCGUGAAGAUCAAAACAUGGAUGGUAUUCCUGAUGCGAGGAGCACUAUGGUCACCCGGACUCGGGUGCGUAGAGAAACUGUGAAGCAUAUGAUUUACCAAAACUGCUGACCUUCAUCUGCAAGUUACAUCCUCAAGCAGAAGUCUGAUAGAAACAGAACCGAGCAAGCUUGUGAGUUGAAGAUUUUCUUGUGUAAUAGGAGGCAGGCGCUGCUUCUUAGCUAAUCUGACUCAAGAUAGUCUUAGCUGAUUUUGUUUCCAUAGGUAGUUCUGUUGAGUUGUAUACCUUCUAUUAUGUUGACCAAGCACAUAUGCUAGUUUAAUUUGCCAUUUAGUUCUGGACGGUUCAUGACUAAUGUAUACAUCGUGUGGCAGCUAAAUGUUGUUUUAGAUAUUCAAUUAUAGCUUCAACGAUGCUCAUGUACACUAUUAAAAUCUAUAGAAUUCUGUUUCGGUGUCUUGGUGUA